AAAAGGGGAAAAAUUGUAAUCUGUUUUAGCAUAAACUUUAUUUUAUUACGAAAAAGCUAGAAGUAAGAGUAGAGGGCUUCUCUGAGCUGCACGAAACAAGUAUAUUCUUUCCUUGUAGAUGUCGUUGCAAUUCCUAACUCAUGUAAUAGGAAUAAAGUUCGUGCACGUGCCUAGGUUAAGUCUUGCAGAAAUCGUUGUGAUAGAGAAAAUGGCGUCUCUCGCGGGAGUUCGUCUUUUAAUGAGAAAUACCGGUACUCUUAAAAAUUUAAUCAGUCGACCAUGCUUACGUGGUGCUGUUACACAACUUCAAUUAAAUGAAAGAUUCUUUCAUUGUAACCGACAAAGUACCAUUAAAGUCUUACCGCAGGGCCCACGAGUCAAGCAGGUGCGCCACUACAGUCACAAGCAACCAUUAACACUUCAACUUAUUAGCCAGCGUGUACUUUUAGUGCUAGGUCUCUAUGAUAAAAUUGAUCGAAACAAGUUAAGUUUGGAGUCUCAUUUUAUGAAUGACUUGGGCUUGGAUUCUUUGGAUCAUAUAGAAGUUAUAAUGGCCAUAGAAGACGAAUUUGGUUUUGAAAUACCAGAUAUGGAUGCAGAGAAAUUAUUACGGCCGGCAGAUAUAGUGCGUUAUGUUGCUGACAAAGAAGAUAUUUAUGAAUAAAUAUCUAUAUAAAAGCUGCUACUUUAUAGUCAGAUAUUUUUAUUUUUAACAUAUUGUAUAAGAAAAAAUUUUGAAUUGUUUCUUCUGUAUAUAAAUUUUCAUUGUUAUAAUAAUAAAGCGGAUUAUUAGAUUCAAACAAAA